AUGCUGCUUCCCCCUACGAUGACCGGCGAGUCACAGGACCCAGACAGUGGGCCCUUUGGUGACCCUGCGACGGAAAUCCUCGACGGACGGAUCUGGGUCGACGGUUGCUGGGAUUUUUUCCACUAUGGGCAUGCUGGCGCCAUGCUCCAGGCACGACAACUGGGCACAGAGCUCUAUGUAGGAAUACACUCGGAUGAAUCAAUAUUGGAAAACAAAGGCCCGACGGUCAUGACACUAGAGGAACGAAUUGCAGCAGUAGAUGCUUGUAGAUGGGUGACGCGCUCUGUACCACAUGCACCCUACGUAACAUCGCUACCAUGGAUUUCACAUUAUGGUUGCAAAUAUGUUGUCCACGGGGAUGAUAUAACGUCGGAUAGCAACGGUGAGGAUUGCUAUCGCUAUGUGAAAGCUGCCGGUCGUUUCAAAGUUGUGAAAAGAACUCCCGGUAUAUCGACCACGGACUUGGUGGGGAGAAUGCUUCUUUGCACUCGAACACACUUUAUGAAGCCACUAGCCACCAUCUUCGAUGAGCAGGAUAUUCCCGAGUCAAGAGAGAAAGCCGAUGGUCUACUUCUGCAAAUACGAUCGUUUGCUCGAGACGAGACGGGAUUAUCAGUUGGUGUCGGUGCGUGGAUGUGGUCAGAUCCGCUCCAAGCUACAAAAGGUUUGCCUGAGCAGCAGGAUAAAAAAUUCAGACUCCUUGCGCCCGGAAGUUCCCCCAAACCUGGGCAGAGAAUAGUUUAUGUCGACGGUGGCUUCGACCUCUUCUCUUCAGGUCAAAUCGAAUUCCUUCGUCUUGUGGUGCAGACUGAACAAGAAAAUGCCGAACAACGAGGCUGGUACAGUGAGGAAGCAGUUCAAGAGCGCAUUAGACAGCAUGGCAGCGACUAUGGCCCAGUUUUUGUUGUGGCAGGUAUACACGAUGAUGAGGUAAUUAAUUAUUGGAAAGGAUUAAACUAUCCCAUUAUGAAUAUUCUGGAAAGAGGUCUAUGUGUUCUACAGUGUAAGUACGUUGACCUUGUGAUAUUCGGUGCUCCAUUUGCGCCUACACGGGACUAUCUCACUAUAUGCCCUUGGGGCUCACCCCAUGCCGUCUACCACGGUCCAACAAGCUUUAUACCACUUAACUUUGACCCAUACUCGGAUGCUAAAGAUAUGGGGAUCUACCAUGAGAUUGGUCCCCACCCAUUCUCACAAGUCAACGCAGGAGAAAUCGUGCAGCGUAUUCUUCGGAGUCGUUGUAUGUACGAGGAGCGGCAAAGAAAUAAGAAUGCCAAAGGUAUCGUUGAAAAGGCGUCUCUUUAUAGAGAAAGAGCCGAAGAAAGUAACAGCGAGAGGAUGGAAAAUCAUUAA